AUGGCCACUGAACGUGAAAGCAAGACCUUCCUCGCCAGACUGUGCGAGCAGGCUGAGCGUUACGAUGAGAUGGUUACCUACAUGAAGGAAGUCGCCAAGAUCGGUGGUGAACUCACUGUUGACGAGCGUAACCUCCUCUCCGUCGCCUACAAGAACGUUGUCGGUACCAGACGUGCCUCGUGGCGCAUCAUCUCCUCGAUCGAGCAAAAGGAGGAGCAGAAGGGUUCCGACAAGCACGUUACCAUCAUCCGCGACUACCGCCAGAAGAUCGAGACCGAGCUCGAGAAGGUCUGCCAGGAUGUUCUUGAUGUCCUUGACGACUCCUUGAUCCCUAAGGCCGAGUCUGGCGAGAGCAAGGUCUUCUACCACAAGAUGAAGGGUGACUACCACCGUUACCUCGCCGAGUUCGCCUCUGGCGACAAGCGCAAGACUGCUGCCACUGCUGCCCACGAGGCCUACAAGAGCGCUACCGACGUCGCCCAGACUGAGCUUACCCCUACCCACCCCAUCCGCCUCGGUCUUGCCCUCAACUUCUCCGUCUUCUACUACGAGAUCCUGAACUCCCCCGACCGCGCAUGCCACCUCGCCAAGCAGGCCUUCGACGACGCCAUCGCCGAGCUCGACUCGCUCUCAGAGGAGUCUUACCGCGACAGCACCCUCAUCAUGCAGCUCCUCCGUGACAACCUUACCCUCUGGACCUCGUCCGACGGUAACGAGCCAGAGCCCGCUGCCGCCUCCGAGGCCCCCAAGGCUGAGGAGUCCAAGACCGCCGAGUCUGCCGAGGAGCCCAAGGCCGAGGCCUCGUAA